GGGCCUGGCCGGCGCUUUUAAUACAGAUGCGCCCCUCGCCCUGCGUUCAGCGGCGAGCGGACAAGGCAGAGCCGGGCAGAGACAGACCAGCCAGCACCAUGACUACACCCAGCAACACCUACGAUGUUAUAGUGGUCGGCGGAGGAAUAUCAGGUUUGAGUGCAGCGAAGUUGUUGAAAGCCAAUGGACUGAACCCCGUUGUCCUGGAGGCCAGGGAUCGGGUCGGUGGUCGUACCUUCACUGUGCAGAAUAAGCAGACAAAGUGGGUUGAUCUGGGCGGGGCUUACAUCGGACCAACUCAGAACCGCAUCCUCCGAUUGGCCAAAGAGUACGGUGUAAAGACCUACAAAGUCAACGAGCAGGAGAACCUGGUGCAUUAUGUCAACGUAAGUUCUUACCCGUUCAAAGGCUCCUUCCCUCCCAUGUGGAACCCCAUCGUCUUGUUGGACUUCAACAACCUGUUUAGGACAAUGGACCAGAUGGGCAAGGAGAUUCCCAAAGAGGCUCCCUGGAGAGCUCCCCAUGCUGAGGAGUGGGACAAGAUGUCCAUGCUGGAGCUCUUUGAAAAAAUCUGCUGGACCAGCACUGUUCGUCGCUUCGCCACGCUCUUUGUCAACGUGAACGUGACCUCUGAACCCCAUGAGGUGUCGGCUUUGUGGUUCCUCUGGUAUGUGAAACAGUGCGGAGGAACCAUGAGGAUCUUCUCCACCACAAACGGAGGACAGGAAAGGAAGUUUGUAGGCGGCUCCAGUCAGAUCAGUGAGUGCAUGGCCAGGGAGCUGGGAGACCGAGUGAAGCUGCAGUCUGCAGUCUACAGGAUCGACCAGAGCGGAGACAUGGUGGUGGUGGAAACGGUGGACAAACAGACCUACACAGCCAAGUACGUGAUCGUGGCCACCCCUCCUGGUAUGAAUUUGAAAAUACACUUUAACCCCGAGUUGCCGCCACUGAGGAACCAGCUGAUCCACCGCGUCCCCAUGGGCUCAGUCAUCAAGUGCAUGGUGUACUACAAAGAGAACUUCUGGAGGAAAAAGGGAUACUGUGGCAGCAUGGUGAUUGAGGAGGAAGGCGCUCCCAUUGGCCUAACGCUGGAUGACACAAAGCCUGAUGGGAGUGUACCUUGCAUUAUGGGAUUCAUCCUUGCCCACAAGUGCAGGAAGCUAUCAGGGUUGACCAAAGAGGAGAGGUUGAAGAGGAUCUGUGAUAUCUACUCCAAAGUGCUGGGCUCAGAGGAGGCUCUGCAUCCGGUGCAUUAUGAGGAGAAGAACUGGUGUGAAGAGGAGUACUCAGGAGGCUGCUACACGGCCUAUUUCCCCCCAGGAAUCCUUACCCAGUUUGGCAAGGUGCUGAGGGAGCCGGUUGGCAGGUUGUACUUUGCAGGCACAGAGACGGCCACAGAGUGGAGUGGCUACAUGGAGGGGGCAGUGCAGGCUGGAGAGAGAGCAGCCAGAGAGAUCAUGUGCGCACUGGGUAAAAUCCACCAGAGUCAGAUCUGGCAGGAGGAGCCCAAGUGUACGGAAGUCCCAGCACUCCCCUUUGUCACCACCUUCUGGGAGAGGAAUUUGCCUUCAGUCGGUGGUCUCCUCAAGUUCAUGGGAUUCUCCACCUUCCUGUCUGUUGCCACUGCAGCCGGUCUGAUUGCCUACAAGAAGGGCCUCCUCCCCCGGAGUUAAACUGUCCACCCCGUCAUCUCACUCCUCUGCACCUCAA